CACUGGCAACAGAAGGCACAUUGGCAACAGAAGGCACAUUGGCAACAGAAGGCACAUUGGCAACAGAAGGCACAUUGGCAACAGAAGGCACAUUGGCAACAGAAGGCACAUUGGCAGCAGAAGGCACAUUCGCUACAGAUAGUAUGUCCACUCUGGCCUGUUGCUGGCUAUCAGCAGGCAUUUCAGUGCUGCUCUGCUGGGACGGCAGGCCAGAAGCGGCGUCGCUGGCGUGGUUCACUACAGCAAAGUUCUUGGCUGGUGCCAGCACUCCCGUUACACGAUUGA